UGGUCUAAUGAAACUCUGGAAACGAGGCUUAUAUGAUCGUCAAUCCUCGUCACACGGUCCCAACAGCACAACUUGUUAAAAAAAAACCCACGAACUGCUUUAACACCCCCACAAACACAGUGGAAGCGUUGUGAUGGCUGCGUGAAACCGACCGCUGGCACUGGAGAGGGAACCUGUUGCAAGUCAAGUAUUGUCUAAGAUGUCAUGGGACCAUAAGGAGGAAACCGACUGAAAGGAAUGAAAUAGUUUAUGCCCUACAUUUGGGAGAAAAGCACACCAUAUAGAGUUUCUGCAGAUGAGAACCUACUACAACAAAGAUUGGAAAUGCAACCCGAUGAAGAACUCAUGCUCCAGUCUUCUCUCCAAGACCUUUCCCAUUACUGUACAGCUCAGGAACUUCAACCAAGUAGAACAACUCGUGCUCUCCAUUUAUUGCCUUCUUUUCUGAAGCCUUUGCUUGUUAAAAAUAGUGUGGCUGAACUGAAGUUUAAUAAAAACCUCCUACUUGAGGAAAAGAGGAAAAUCUUCCCUGGGACAUCAAGUGAAUCUUGCCUUCGAGUGUUCUGUGUGGGGGCUUUCACAUUAUUUGUGCUGUGCUUGAUCUGCUGGCAAGGAAAGUUUCAUUUGUCACAAGUAACACGUUCCAAAGAUUCAGAUCAAAUUUCUCUUUGGAAUGUAUCAGAACUAUCUGAAUAUGGCAGAGCUUACUCAUCAAGCAUCCACCCACUUUACAGACGUGCUGUACGGAGUACAAGCAUUACAAAAGGGAAACAGAAAAACAACUUGCUGACAAGUUACCAGAACAUGGAGACAAUGAAAGAAAUAAUCCUGCCUUGUGACUCUCUUCUUAAGAUAACUAAUUACGUACUGAGAAAAGUAUCGGAAAAAGCUGUACUGCUUGAAACCUGUGAUCAGAAGCUGAGUUCACAAAUUAUUCAAGUUGACCCACUGAUUCUUCUUAAAGUAAAGAUAAAACCACAGCUACUUCAACAAGUCUUAAUGUUGCUGAAAAGGUUGGGCAUGCUGAUAGAUGCACAUCAAGGAGAAGCUUUCUCCAUUAUGAAGAAGCUAAUGGCUAAAGAACAAAAAAGAAUUUUAGAGAAGACAGUUAAAAUCCAUAAUAAUCAUGGUGAUGGUGAAAUAUGGUUCACAUCCAGACAAGAAGAUAACUUGGGAGGAGCUGGCUGUCCAGAUAAAGUUCCUCAUUUAUUUUCCUGGAAUCCUGGACACAACGAAAAGAAGAAAGUUAAAAUUGGACGCGGAGUGUUCCUCCGAUUGGAGUCUUCAGCCUCAAUGCAUUCCAUUAUUAUUGAGAAUGGGGGAAAGUUAGUAUUUGCAGAUGCGCCGAAACCUCCCAUCACUUUAAGAGCCAAAUAUAUUCUGAUUAGGAAUGGAGGGGAGUUGCACAUUGGCUCAGAAGGUUGUCCAUACAGUUCUAUUGCUGUAAUCUCUCUUUAUGGCAAGUCAACAGAGGUAUGGAAUGUGGAGAAUUUUGGUAAGAAAUUCAUUGGUGUGGACAAAGGGGGAGUUUUAGAAUUACAUGGGAGAAAAAGCAUGUCUUGGACCUUUUUAGCCAAAACCUUGUACCCUGGAGGUAUGCAACACGGCGCUUAUCGUUUUGAGAAGCAAUGGGGCACCAGAGGCAUCAAUGUUAGGAUCAUAGACCAAGGCACAGGUCAGGUACUGGUAACUGAACGUUUCGAUACCCACCUCUGGGUGAAUGAGAGCAAACGUUUGCAGCAGUUUCUGCUUCGUCAGGCGUAUGGGCGAAUCGUAGCUAUGGCUGUGGGCGAUUCUGCAGCAAGACGUUUGACUUCACAAGUGAGGGAAACCAUCAGCGAACUACUUGGGAGCAACCAUGUGAAAUCUCUGAGUUACAGACAGCCAUGGGCUCUUGUUGGAGUCAUUGGUGUACACACAUUAUUUGUUGUGGAAGAUAAACGAUUCUAUCAGCCUGAUGGGUCAACUGGCAUGGCUCUGGCGAGAAGAAACUUUCAGACACAUGAUGGGAUUCAAUUCACAGUCACCGCCUUCAGUGAGUGGCUAAAAGCAGGUGUCCCUCACUGUGGAUUUCGUGUCGAAGUGUCAAACGGUGUAAUUCUUAAUUUGAUGGACAAAGCUUCAAGCUGGUUGCCUGGUAGCCGAAUAGUCAUCGCUAGCACGGACUAUUCCAUGUAUCAGGCAGAAGAAUUUAAUCUUAUUCCCUGCCCCGAGUGCAACAUUUACCAGGUUAAAAUUGAUGGUAUACCUCAGUAUCUUCACAUGGGUGAAGUUAUAGAUGGAAUAGAUAUGAGAGCAGAAGUUGGACUGUUGAAUAGGAAAAUAAUUAUUAAAGGAGAAAUGGAGGACGUGUGUUAUGGAGAAAACCAUUGCCAUUUUUUCAACUAUGAUACAUUUGGAGGGCAGAUAAGGAUCCUAAACAAUUUUGCCUCAGUUCACUUGUCUGGUGUGGAGGUCACAAACAUGGGACAACAGAUUCUGGGGAGUUACCCUGUACAUUUUCACUUGGCUGGAGAUGUGGAUCAAAGAGGCGGGUAUCAUCCACCUACAUAUGUUGACAAUUUAGCCAUCCACCACUGCUUCUCCCGAUGCGUUGCUAUACACGGAACUAAUGGUUUGCUGGUCAAAGAUACAAUAGGGUAUGACACUUUGGGUCACUGUUUCUUCCUGGAAGAUGGUGUGGAGGAGAGAAACACACUGUAUCAUAAUCUGGGGCUUCUUACAAAGGCUGGAACAAUUCUGCCUUCUGAUCGCAAUGAAAUCAUGUGUGUAACUAUUCGUGAUCAAGUAUAUGGAAGUUAUAUCCCAGUACCAAGUUCUGAUUGCAUGGCUGUCACAACCUUUUGGAUUGCAAAUCCAAAUAACAAUCUGAUCAACAAUGCUGCAGCUGGAGCUCAGGAUGUGGGUAUUUGGUACAUCUUCCACCGAGUUCCCACUGGAGAUUCUGUCGGUCAAUACCCAGAGGGUCAGACUGAGUUUACUCCCCUGGGAAUAUUUUACAAUAACCGGGUACAUUCCAAUUUUAAGGCUGGACUCUUUAUUGGGAAUGGAGUGAAAACAACAAAAUCCAAUGCUGAUAAUCCCAGAGAGGUUCUUACAGUAGACAUUGCAAGGUUUCGUCCACAUCAGGAUGCUGAUCCCAGAAAGCCUCGAGUUCCAGCCAAUAUUGAUGGUCUUGUAGCCUUUAAAAAUAAUGAUCAUGGUGCCUGGGCUAGAGGGGGUGACAUUAUAUUCAGCAACUCAGGGUUCUCAGACAAUGGAAUUGGAUUGACUCUAGCAAGUGACGGGACUUUUCCAACAGAUGAGGGAUCUAGCUUGGAAGUUAGCAAAUCAAUCUUUGUUGGGGAAAGCAGUAAUGUGGGCUUCAAUGGAGGAAAGAACAGAUACUGGGGAAAGGGAGCACGUGGCGAAUACAGAACACUUCCCAGAAACAGAACCUUUCCUAUUCGGGGGUUCCAGAUCUAUGAUGGUCCAGUCCGACUAAGGCAAUGCACAUUUAAGAAAUACCAAUCCACCCAUGAAAGAUAUUCUAGCGCACUUGCAUUUUUUAUGAGGAACUCCUGGCAAGUUAGCCCUCAGAACAAUGUGUCUCAGCUGAUGAUGGAGAGGAGUGUGGACCUUAAAGUAUUCUUUGGCAAAGCAGGCCAGUGGUUUGGAGCUAUUGACCUUGAUGGGGACAAAGCUUCUAUUUUCCACGACUUGGAUGGUUCAGUAACUGGAUUUCCAGACACAUUUGUAGCCAGAGCUGACAACUAUCUGAUUCGUCAUCCAGGCUGCCUUAGUGUGCCAAGAUGGAACGGAGUCAUAUGUGGUGGAAAAUAUGCACAGCUCUACGUGCAGGCAAGGCACCCAGAGAACCUCUCUCUUCAGAUUACAAGGGAUCCAUAUCCCAACCAUGUUCUGACGCUGCAAGGUGUGAAUCGUAAAGCACCGUAUCAACAGUAUCAGGCUGUGGUGAUGCUGCAACAGGCCUACACUCUGUGUUGGAAUGGCAGAGCGCCGAAGGAAAUCGUCCUCUACCCAAUCAAUUUUAACAGAGGGGACUGGAUCCAAGUUGGUCUCUGCUAUCCUAGAGGAACAGUUUUUAAAAUCAUGUCUGAUAUAAACGAGCGACAGACUGGAAGAGUACACAGUGUGGAACGAUAUAAGGCAGCAUCUUCAUUCAGCACUUUACAGAAAAACCCAGACAAGAGUUUGUAUUACUUUGACAGUGAUAUGGGACUCCUCUUUAUUAUUCUUCAAGCAAAGCACAUUCGGAAAGGUCACAGUUAUUGCUCCAAAUAUGGCUGUGAACGGGUCAAAAUAUCGGCACACAUGAUGUUCUGGGAAGUGAAUGACUACUUACAGAAAAUAUACCCAGUGAAGUACCCAAGUAUGCCAUCUUAUCUCUUGUCAUUGACUCAGCGAACAACUAUACCUUGUGACCAGUGUGGUGCCCCACAGGUUGCUAUCACCAGUGAUCCACACAGAAAGUACGUUAGGAUUCAAAUACAGUCACAGAGUGGAGCUGAGAUUCAGAAUGGACAAAGGUUUGCCUUCAUCAAGGUAAAUGAUGAAGUUUUCCUGUUUGAGAAGCCAGGGCUGUUUUUUGUUGUGAUGGAUGCAUGUUCUGGAGACAUUGUGAGCAGGCAACAUUUCGAUAUGGUCCUUGCUCCCCAGGUGGCUGAUGUCAUUGCUAAUUACAUCAAGAUAACCAUACCAGAUAGGUCAAUUGUUCUGGUUUGUUCAAGAGAUGAUGCCUCCUGGCAGCUGACCUCCAGGUCUGCAGCUUUCCUCAGGCUCGGUGCUGCACAGCCAAUGGGACUUUUCGUGAAAGGAAGUUUUGCUAUGUUAGGAUUCAAGGGGCAGAUGAAGCCAGCGUGGAUUAAAAUUGUAAACCGCAGUGCCGGGCAGAAGGUAGCUUCUCUACAGCAUUAUGUCCCAUUGAAACUGAACGAAUAUGGCUGUUCAGAAAAUGCAAAGGAAAUUCGGAAAGAUUUAAAGUUGUUUCACGAUCUCAUAUCAGUCAACUAAACUAACUUUAGCAACAAGAUGAUGAUGGAAUACAUUCCACUGAGAUUUCCUUAAUUGUCAAAUAUAAAGAAGUGCUGAAUCUCUGUCACAUUACUUGUAUUUUUGUAUCACUGGUAUAAAUAAAUAUGUUGCACACAAAAAA